GGCUGAUAAAGCAAAGGUUUUAAAGAGCAGCUGAAGGUUUUCCCCUCUCUAAAGUUAACCAGACCUCUUACCACUACAGUGGCAACAGCGGAGAUGGAGAUCAAUCUCAGACCGUACCAGGAAGAGGUGGUGCAGACAGCACUGAGAGGAGAGAACAGCAUCAUCUGGCUACCCACCGGUGGAGGAAAAACCAGAGCAGCAGUAUACGUCACUAAGAAACACCUGGAGACCAAAACCAAUGGCAAAGUGGCAGUGCUUGUCAACAAGGUGCACCUGGUAGACCAGCAUUAUGAAAAAGAAUUCAGGCCUUACCUUGGAAAAGAAUGCAGGAUAGUGGCCAUCAGUGGAGAUAGUGAUGAGAAAGACUUCUUUGGAAAUGUGGUCAGGAACUCAGACCUGGUCAUCUGCACUGCUCAGAUCUUGGAGAACUCCCUGACAAACAUGGAGGAGGACAAACACGUGGAGCUCACAGACUUUACCCUGCUGGUCAUAGACGAGUGUCACCACACACACAAAGACAAUGUUUAUAACAAGAUUAUGAGUCGCUAUGUGGAAAUUAAAUUGAAAAAGGAAAGGAAUCUGCCACAGGUUUUGGGCCUCACGGCAUCACCUGGGACCGGAGGAAAUAGGAAUCUGGAUAAAGCGGUUGAACAUGUCCUACAGAUCUGUGCCAAUCUGGAUUCUGCAAUUAUGUCCACCAAGAAUUAUAUACCAGUGCUGCAAAGAGUUGUCCCCAGACCCAAAAAGAAAUAUGACAUUGUUGAAAAAAGAUUUAAGGAUCCAUUUGGGGAUCACCUGAAGUUGAUGAUGUCAAUGAUUCACAAGUUCAUGCCGUCAGAGGUGAGUUCAAGCCUGCGAGAGGUGGGCACACAGGAAUAUGAAGCUGACGUGGUGGAACUGGAAAAAAAAGGUGUACAGAAGGAGAACAGAUUGAUCGCUCAGUGUGCUCUGCACCUGCGGCAAUACAAUGACGCUCUUCUCAUCAAUGACACUGUUCGCAUGGUGGACGCGUUCCGGGUUCUAAGCGAGUUCUACAAUUCAAGGAAAGACAAAUUGCUGGAUGGAACUGAUUUCUUUCUCCAGGGGCUUUUUGAAGAGAACCGUGUAGAGUUAUGGCAGCUGGCAUCGAAUGAUGACUACGAAAACCCCAAACUGGCCCAGUUGCAGCAGACGCUGGUAGAACAGUUUAAGGACCAAGACUCUCGUGGUAUCAUCUUCGCAAAGACACGCAGGGGCACCCACUGUCUGUAUGACUGGGUGAACUCCAAUUCUGAGCUACGUAGAGUCAAUAUACAUGCUGGCAUUCUCACUGGAGCGGGCACUGGUGCAAACCACAUGACCCAGAGAGGACAGAAGGACACUAUUAAAACAUUUAGAGAUGGAGCCCUGAACCUCCUUAUCUCCACCAGUGUAGCUGAGGAAGGCCUUGACAUUCCAGAAUGCAAUGUGGUUGUACGUUACGGCCUGUUGACCAAUGAAAUUGCUCAGCAGCAGGCCAGUGGGCGGGCUCGAGCUCAGAACAGUGUCUACUCAGUGGUGGCUCAAGAAGGUGGCCGUGAGCUACGCAGGGAACUCACCAAUGAAUAUCUAGAAAGCCUGACCGCAAAAGCAAUUGACUUAGUGCAGAGCAUGACUCCCAGGGAGUUCCAACGGAAGAUAUCAGAGCUUCAACAAAUGGCUGUUAUGAUUCGGAUCCAGGCUGAGAAGAACAGGGAAGAGAGAAAACAGCGCUACAAUCCAGCUCAGGUGAAGCUUCAGUGCAGAGGGUGCUUCACUCCCGUCGGCUGUGGAGCAGAUAUAAGACACAUAGAGAAUUCACACCAUGUUAACAUCAAUCCUGAUUUUGAGAGGUAUUAUAAAGCAGGUGGGCCGGUAUUUCUGGAAAGGAGUUUUGAAGAUUGGGAGCCUGGACGUGUUAUCGGCUGCAGUAAGUGUGGAAAGGACUGGGGAAUGGAGAUUAAAUUCAAGAAAGUGGCAAUACUGCCCUGUUUGAAAAUAAAGAGCUUUUCCUUGAACACUCCUCAGGGUAAAUUCACACACAAGCAGUGGAAAGACGUUGAGUUCCAAGUCAGCGAUUUUGACUUAACUGAGUACAUGACUAGCCAUUUCCCUGAUCUGGACUUAGAGAAUGAUGACUGACAGGCCAGCAAUUACUCAGUCGAAGUACUAAUGAAAUUAAUGACAGCUAUUGUGACAGCUUUUCUGUGUGCAAUAGGCAUUUCUAUGGCAGAGGUUUUUAAUAUAAACUGCAAAAGUAGUUACAAAUUCUAGUAGUCACUUUCUUACACAUAAGAAUCAGUUUUGUUUGUAUGUGUGUAUGCGUGCAUGUGGGUUUAUUUAGAUAUACAGUAGUUUGGGGCCAAAAUUGUCCCUAAAAGUGAGUUAAAUCUGACAAUGCUUUCCUUUGGGGACAUCAGGGUCAUCCUCACUGCCCAAUUCAUAAAUGCACCAAAAUAAUGUUUAUUAUUAUUAUUAUUAUUAAAAAUGCAAAAGGCUUGGGUAAGGUUUUUUUAGGGUCAGUCUGUAGUCAUUAUAAUUAGCGUUAUUUUUAAUAAAUAAAAUAAACUGAAUAAUAUUUUUUUAUUAGAGCAAACAGUAAUGCAUUGCAUGGACAUGAUGAGUAUUAUAUUCAAAACACUUUGUUUUCACAUGAGUAGUGUGCCAUUGUCUCCAGGCAAGAAACACAUUAGUUUUGGCUGUAAAUUUGUUUUUUUAAAACAAUUUGGGAUUAUCAUUGGAACUGACUUUUUGCUUUUUAAACAUUUACUGUAUGAAAGCAAUAGUUCACUUAAAAAUGAAAAUUCACCUAAAAAUAUAUUUUAAAACAACAGAAGUCUAAUGAAUGUUUUCAUUUAGAUGGUUAAGUAAACAUGUGCAUGUAUGUAUGUAAUUUGUAUUUAUCUUCAUCAUGCUUACUGGUAUAUUUAUCUCUGGGAUCAGGAUUGUGUUGCACUCUGAUUAUUAGCUAUUGUUUACAUUACUAUUUAAUGUGUCUCAUUAAAAUGCAUGUGGUUAACUUAUGACAGUGGAACACUGGUUCGCUUAGACCAUCAAUUUCUUAUUCUUAUUCAGUUAUAAAUUCAGUCUUAAACACUGUUCAGGUUUAUUUGUGUCGUAAAGCAAGUUUGCUUAUCAGAAAAUGUGUAAAAUAUGGGUCACGGGUUUUUCAGGUGCAUUUUUAUAGUUAAUAUGAUGUAUUUUGUAUGUCCGUAUUAUACACAUCUGUAAAAUGAUAUCAAAUAAAAAAAACUAUGCACUUUAA